AUGGUUGUCGCAGAAGUUUUCGUCUUUAUCGUCACUUUCUUGAUAAUAAAUUAUUUUUGGAAGCAAAGGAGAUUCCUUUAUUUAGCAUCUAAAAUCCCCAAAAGUAAUUUUGACUUUUCAUUGAGUGGAAUUUUAAAAUUAUUCACGGCUGAUUCAAAAGAAUUAUUCGAGAUGAGCUAUGAAAGCUUUAAAAACUCCAUUGGAACUGUAAAAACUUGGAUGGGACCAGUUUUGUUAAUAAUUGUUGGAAAUCCAGAAGAUGCUAAAAUUGUACUCACUUCCAAAGAUUGCAUUGAGAAGCCAAACUUCAUGAAAUUUUUUGGUGCACCUGAAAGUAUUUUAUUUGGUGACUACGGACCGUGGCAUGCACAUAGAAAAAUCUUAAAUCCAUACUUUAAUGCACAAGGUGUUAAGGCACUCAUACCAUUGUUCAAUAAGAAAACGAGAAUUUUUAUGGACGUUGUAAAGGAAAUGGAAGGGAAAGAGGAAUUUAAUAUUUUUUAUUACUUGACAUCGCUGGCUUUAGAGACGAUCACAAAAGUUAUGGAUUUUGAUGUAAAUAUUUUGAAUUUGGAGAAGGUGGAGCGAGAGGGGUACAUACAUAAUUUGAGAGAGUUCUUCAAAGCAGUUUCCCUGAGAAUUUUUAAGACAUGGCUGCAUCCAGAAAUCAUCUACCAAAAGACACAAACCUUUAAGGACGAACAAGGAGCAAUGAACAAAAGUGCGAUGAAAUUUACUCGCGAAAUCAUAAAUAAUGCUAGAAAAAAAAUUAAUGACGUUGAAAAUAACAACUUUAGUCAUCUUAAUAAUAACAAUAACUAUGCUGAUGCCAAAGAAUGUGUCCAGAAGAAUUUUAUGAAUGACCUUAUUAACAAUAAACUGGAAGAUAAAGAAAUAUUUGAUGAAGUUAAAACUAUUUUGGUUGCGGCACAAGAUACAACAGCGAAUUCCUCAUCAUCUGUUCUCCUCCUUCUCGCAAUGCACAAAGACAUCCAAGACAAAGUUGUUGCUGAACUUCAUCAAAUCUUUGGAAAAUCUCUUGACGCUCCAUUUAUCGACCAGGAACAACUAAAUCAACUUCAAUACAUGGAUCUUGUCAUUAAUGAAGCAAUGAGGCUCAUGCCAGUUGUUCCAAUAGUGUUUCGGAAAGUCAACAAUGAAGUCACUCUUAGUGAUGGCUGCAUACUUCCAAAAGGCGGAAAUAUUAUCAUUCCAAUUUAUAAAAUUCAUCAUAGUAAGGACAUUUGGGGUAAUGAUGCUGAACAAUUCAGACCUGACAGAUUUGAGAAAGAGAAUUUAGAAAAAAUCCAUCCAUAUGCAUUCAUGCCGUUCACAAAAGGACCAAGGAUGUGCCUUGGAUAUCGAUAUGCAAUGACUUUGAUGAAAAUUCAACUUGUAAAUUUUUUGAUGCGAUAUGAAGUUGACACGAGCCUUAAGUUUGAGGAAUUAGAGUAUGAGUUGAAUACAACAUUGAACGUUUGUCAAGGCUACAUGAUAAGCAUCAAAAAGCGACAGACGUAG